AUGUCACAGACACCGCUGAAGAAGCUGCAGGCCAAGAUAUUUCGCGGGCAGAAUGGCGAGGACGCUGCCCGGGAAGACAAGCCUACGCGCUCCUCAUCCGACCCCGCCCUUACAAUCAACAUCCCUAAUCCCAACCUGAACGAGUCUUCUCAGCCGGGCCCUGCGCCCCCCAAGAUGGCCAAGACUGAGUCUACAGGCCCCCACGAUGCUGAAGAAGAUGCACGCGCAGACCCGUUCCGCCAGAGGCUCAGCGAGAAGCUUGGCCCGGAGUACCAUGGUGCAGAGCGCUUCCGUCUGGAUCAGGACGGCCGCAGGGAGCACCACUGGAAGAGAUGGGGUCCUUAUCUUAGCGACCGGCAAUGGGCCACCGUACGCGAGGAUUACUCGGCGAAUGGCGAUGCUUGGAGCCAUUUCCCGCACGAGCACGCCCGCUCGCGUGUAUAUAGGUGGGGCGAGGACGGUCUCGGUGGUAUCUCCGACAACCACCAGCGUCUUUGUUUCGGGCUUUCGCUCUGGAAUGGAGAAGAUCGCAUCCUCAAGGAACGCCUCUUUGGUGUCACCGGCCAUCAGGGAAACCACGGCGAAGACGUGAAGGAGCUCUACUACUACCUCGACUCCACCCCCACCCAUUCGUACAUGAAGUUCCUGUACAAGUACCCGCAGAAGGCGUUCCCGUACGAGGAGCUCGUGCGCGAGAACCAGCACCGCGACCGUAACGUCUCCGAGUUCGAAAUUCUCGACACCGACGUGUUCGACGACGACCGCUACUGGGAUGUAUUCAUGGAGUACGCCAAAGACGAGCAGGACCCCGACAGUGUCUACGUCCGUAUCACAUCUUACAACAGAGGUCCUGAGCCCGCGACGCUUCACGUCAUCCCUCAGUUUUGGUUCCCCAACAGUUGGUCGUGGUCGGACAACCCACCGUCUCGGCCGUCGAUGUGGGCCGCCGGCGACGGAGUGAUCACCGCUGUUGACCCUACGCUUGGGAAGUACAACCUAUACUGUCUUCCCUCCCCGCCUCCAGUGGACAACAAGGGACAGCUCAACGUAGGCGAAAGCGGGGAGCCGGAGGCCGUCGAUGCCAACCUCCUGUUCACUGAGAACAACACGAACUUCCAUCGUCUUUACGGCGGCCAGAACGAGACGCCAUACGUCAAGGAUGCUUUCCACGACCAUAUCAUACCCGCUCAUCGCCCUCCGCCUACCGAUGAAGGUCACCCAGGCUUCUUCUCUACGAAGAUUCACACCGGAUAUGCCAGCCACGGCGGAGGCGAUGACACUCCCAGCUCUGAGGAAGAGUUGGGCCCUCGUACCCCGUUCCCUGCAACCCCGUCUUUCGUCAACCCCGCUAAGAGGGGCACGAAGUCCGCCGCUCACUAUGUCUUCGAGAACGUCCCCCCUCGUGGCGGGUGCGCUGUCGUCCGCCUCAAGCUUACUCCUCGCACGCCCGCUCAGGACCCGAGUAUUGAGGAUGAGGGCAUCUUCGACGACACCGUGGAAGAGCGUAGGGAAGAAGCCAACGAGUUCUACUCCGGACUUGUACUAGGCCCUAUCAGCGACGAUCUCAAGCAGAUCAUGCGUCAGGCUCUAGGUGGCCUGAUGUGGACGAAGCAGUACUACCAAUUUGUUCAGAAGGACUGGCUGAAGGGCGACCCGGCGCAGCCUCCGCCGCCGCCAGAGCGCAAGUGGAUUAGGAACAAGGACUGGAAGCAUCUGCAUAUCGCUGACAUCUUGUCUAUGCCCGACAAGUGGGAAUAUCCCUUCUUCGCGGCAUGGGACACGGCCUUCCACUGCAUCCCGCUUGCAGUUGUGGAUCCCGCGUUCGCCAAGAAGCAGUUGGAUCUGUUGACGCGUGAGUGGUAUAUGAAGCCUGACGGUCAAAUUCCGGCCUACGAAUGGAACUUCGGCGACGUCAACCCACCUGUGCAUGCCUGGGCCACAUUCCGCGUAUUCAAGAUCGAACGCAAGUUGUAUGGGAGAGAGGACCUCAAAUUCCUUGAGCGCGUUUUCCAGAAGUUGCUCCUUAACUUCACCUGGUGGGUCAACCGUAAAGAUCAAGGUGGAAACAACGUCUUCGAAGGAGGUUUCCUUGGCCUGGACAACAUUGGCGUGUUCAACCGUUCGGAACCGUUGCCAACGGGCGGCACUCUGCGUCAAGCAGACGGCACGGCGUGGAUGGCGUUCUACUGUUUGAACAUGCUGAACAUCGCCUUGGAACUAGCUAAGCAUAACGAUACCUACCAGGACAUCGCCUCAAAGUUUUUCGAACACUUCAUCUUCAUUUCCGAUGCCAUGACCUUCCGCGGCGGAGGUGACGAUGAGCUCAGUCUGUGGAGCGAAGAAGACGGAAUGUACUACGAUGCUAUCCAAUUCGACAACGGGCAUUCGAUGCAGCUGCCGGUUCGCAGUCUCGUCGGGCUGAUCCCUCUCUACGCUACGCUAGUGCUCGAGCCAUCCACUGUCAACCGCUUCCCCGGGUUCAAGAAGCGCAUGGAAUGGUUCAUCGACAACCGGCCAGGAAUGUCGGAGCGUAACAUGGCCAACAUGCAGACGAGAGGUCGUGGAGAACGUCGACUGCUUGCCCUGGCGAGCAAGGAGAGGCUCGUCAAGAUCUUGGAGAAGAUGCUUGACGAGGACGAGUUCCUCAGUGAGCACGGCAUUCGAUCGCUGUCCAAGAAGCACAAGGAUCAACCUUGGGGGAUGGAUGUGAAUGGCGAGCGUUACGAGGUCAACUACUGGCCAGGUGAUUCCAAGUCCGGCAUGUUCGGAGGCAACUCGAACUGGCGUGGUCCUAUCUGGCUUGCCGUCAACUUCAUCCUCAUCGAGAGUCUCCAGCGUUUCUACCAGUUCUAUGGUGACGAGGUCCAAGUCGAAUGUCCGACCGGCAGCGGGGAUUAUAUGAACCUUGUCCAAGUGGCAGAGGAGAUCCAGCACCGCAUUAUCCACAUCUUUGGCAGGGAUAUGGAAGGGAAGCGCGCUGCUAACGGCGGGAACCCGAAGCUUGACCACGACCCACACUUCCGUGACUACGUGUGGUUCCAUGAGUUCUUCCAUGCCGAUGACGGUCGGGGUCUGGGAGCCUCCCAUCAGACUGGAUGGUCUGGGCUCGUUGCCUACCACAUCUUGCAGAGUGGAGCGAACUGCAGGUUGCCCAAGACACCGAAAACUCCUCGCAGUCUGGCUCACCACUACUUCGACGAGACCAUUGAUGCGCAAUCUGAGGUUGGGGAUGAAACACGGUCCCUGUACAGCGCGUACAGCGCGGCGGACCUCAACACUCUGGGUGACAUCUCGCCCGACGCGUUGUAGACACGAGAGGAGAAGGCAUAGAUUCCAUGUCUCAUUAGAUGGCCCGCUUUCCGCUCCCAGGCAACGGACACGGACAAAUUUCCCAUACAAGUGUUAGAAUAUUCGUGUAUACCAUGCCGCAGCGCAGCCCCAGUCUCCCGGAUCCAUCAUCGAAUAGCAACUAGCUCUCUCUCUGUAGCAUGAGUUCUCGUUGACAAUAUACGUAUCUCGUUGGC